UCUCUGUUGGCGCAACCACCAUUUGGUCAAACCCGUGUGCUCGCCACCCGCUGUUUCACCUUUCAAUCAUAUAUUAAUAACAGACCCUCAUCACUCAUCAUCUCCACCGCUAACAACAUACCGGAAAACUCAACAUGUGCCGUGGAUUUCAGCAAAGCGAGAAAGAUCGUCUCUUAAAAAUCAAAGCUUUUUAUCUCUUGUUAUCCCUUCCCAAAACCCACAAACACUUGCCCGAUUCCCUCACUCUACAUUAUCUACCCCGGAUUAAUGGCAGCCCCUUGGAGAUUAAUGGAUCCGUUAUCCGACCCGAUGCUCCGGCGUUUGUCACCCUCUAUCGGGUAAUUGUGUCUGAUAAGGGUAAAGGGUCGGUUAUGUAUGGGAGCAGGGAGAAGGUGGGGGUGAGUGAAGGGGUGAGAUUUGAGGUGUAUUUGAGGGAAGAGAAGGUGGUGAAGGGUGGUUUCAGGAAAGAUGAAGAGGGUGAGUGGAAGAUGGAAUGCAGGUGUGGGUUAGAAGGAGAGAUGGUGGUGGAGAUGCAAAAUGUGGAGGUUUGUGUAGCGACGGAGGGUGAGGUGGAGGUGAUGAGGGAGAAGGUAGAGAUGGUGGUGAGGAGGAAAAGAGGGAGGUGUUUUGAAGGGUUGGAGGAGAUACUGGAGCAGCGGAGUGAGGGGGAGGAAGUGGAGGAGAAUUGUUGUUGUUGUUGUGAUUGUGGCGGAGAAGAUGACGAUUCGGAGGAGGAGGACGGUGGAGGUGAGGUGGAGGCAGAGGUGGAAGGUGUGAGAUGGGCGGUUGACGUCGGCAUAUGGGUCAUGUGUUUGGGUGUGGGUGUCGGGUAUUUGGUUUCAAAAGCUUCAUCGAAGAAUCUAAGGAGACGCAGAUUAUUGUAGCUUUGAAAUUAAUCUGAUUUAUUUUUUGUUACAAGAUCACAUAAGUUUUGUAAAUAUAAAAUAGUAAUACAUUUCAUGAUCUUUAUAUUAUUAUGAUCACGACAAUUUAUAUA